CAUUUAUCUCUAGAUUAGUAAUAAUAAUAAUAUAUAGACUGUAGAGAGAGACAUGCGUAUGAAAUUGGCUCGCUGACCAAAUAUUACAAUCGGAGGAAGAAACUGGAGAAUUGUAGUUUCGACGGAGAAAAUGGGAGUUGAUGGUGGUGGCGUCGUUGGGUUUGUUGGUUUGGAUUCUUUCAGCUUCGAAUUAGCUUCUUCCCUUCUUCGUUCUGGGUUUAAGGUUCAAGCAUUCGAGAUAAGUACAGAAUUGUUGGAGAAGUUCACUGAAUUGGGAGGAUACAAAUGUGACAGCCCUUCAGAUGUUGGGAAAGGUGCAGCAGCCGUGGUGGUUUUACUCUCCCACCCUGACCAAAUUCAAGAUGUUAUUUUUGGCGAUGAGGGUGUUCUGAAAGGUCUACAGAAAGGCGCUGUAUUGCUUCUGUCUUCGACGAUAUCGCCUUUGCACCUCCAGACGCUAGAGAAACAACUUACAGAGAGCAAAGAGCAGAUUUUUAUAGUCGAUGCCUAUGUUUUAAAAGGAAUGUCUGAGCUUCUCCAUGGCAAACUAAUGAUCAUAGCAUCUGGAAGGUCAGAUUCGAUCACAAGAGCACAACCCUAUCUUACUGCAAUGUGUCAGAAGCUUUACACCUUUGAGGGAGAAAUUGGUGCUGGAAGUAAAGUUAAAAUGGUGAAUGAGCUGCUUGAGGGCAUUCAUCUUGUUGCUGCUGUGGAGGCUAUAUCUUUAGGUUCCCAGGCGGGUGUGCAUCCGUGGAUACUAUAUGACAUCAUUUCCAAUGCAGCUGGAAAUUCAUGGAUUUACAAGAAUCAUAUUCCAUUGUUGCUAAAAGGUGAUAUAGAGGGUCGCUUCCUCGAUGUUCUAUCUCAGAAUCUGGGCAUUGUUGAAGAUAAAGCCAAAUCGCUCCCAUUUCCUGUCCCACUUUUGGCAUUUGCACGUCAACAACUAAUCCUCGGAAUAUCACAAAUGCAUGGAGAUGGUACAGCUACUUCAUUGGCUAAGAUCUGGGAAAAAGUACUUGGUGUUGGCAUAUUAGAAGCAGCCAAUAAAGAACUUUACAAGCCAGAGGACUUGGCCAAAGAAAUUACUACUCAAGCAAAGCCUGUAAAAAGAAUUGGUUUUAUUGGUCUCGGAGCAAUGGGCUUUGGUAUGGCAGCGCACCUGCUGAAAUCAAAAUUUUCUGUCCGUGGUUACGAUGUAUAUAAGCCAACGCUUGUCAGAUUUGAGAGUGUCGGGGGGUUGGCGGCAAAUUCUCCGUCUGACGUGACGAAAGAUGUAGAUGUUCUUGUAAUUAUGGUAACAAACGAGGUUCAGGCUGAGGAUGUCCUGUAUGGACAUCUUGGAGCGGUUGAAGCUCUUCCAUCUGGAGCAACUGUUGUACUUGCGUCAACAGUCUCUCCCGCUUUUGUUAGCCAACUUGAAAGGCGUCUAGAAAAUGAGGGAAAGGACCUAAAGCUGGUGGAUGCUCCUGUUUCUGGUGGUGUUAAGAGGGCUGCCAUGGGGGAACUUACGAUAAUGGCUUCAGGUACCGAUGAAGCACUUAAGUCUGCGGGAAUUGUCUUAGCAGCAUUAAGUGAGAAGCUCUACGUGAUUAAAGGAGGUUGCGGGGCAGGAAGUGGUGUAAAAAUGGUCAAUCAAUUGCUUGCGGGAGUUCAUAUUGCAUCAGCUGCCGAGGCAAUGGCAUUUGGAGCUCGCUUAGGUCUGAAUACUCGAAAGCUAUUUAAUGUUAUUUCCAACUGCGGUGGAACAUCUUGGAUGUUUGAAAAUCGUGUUCCGCAUAUGCUGGAUAAUGAUUAUACACCAUACUCUGCUCUUGACAUUUUUGUUAAGGAUUUGGGGAUUGUCACCCGGGACGGUUCAUCACGUAAAGUUCCACUCCAUAUAUCAGCAGUGGCACACCAGCUAUUCAUAGCAGGCUCUGCUGCGGGCUGGGGACGGAUAGAUGACGCUGGAGUGGUCAAGGUAUAUGAAACCCUUGCAGGGAUUAAAGUAGAAGCGAGACUUCCUGUGCUGAAGAAACAAGACGUACUGAAAUCUCUUCCAUCUGAAUGGCCCUGCGACCCGACAGAUGACAUACAUAGAUUAAAUAUGGGAAACUCAAAGACGUUGGUCGUUCUUGAUGAUGAUCCAACCGGGACACAAACUGUUCAUGACGUAGAGGUUUUAACAGAAUGGAGCGUUGAGUCUAUUUCUGAGCAGUUCAGAAAAAAGCCUGCAUGCUUCUUCAUAUUGACAAAUUCAAGAUCAUUAAGCUCUGAGAAGGCUAGUGCGUUGAUCAAAGACAUCUGUUCCAACCUAUGCGCUGCAUCAAAAGAAGCUGGCAAUGCUGACUACACAAUUGUUCUGCGUGGUGAUUCAACAUUACGUGGUCAUUUUCCUCAGGCAAGUUUGGAAGCAGAUGCUGCUGUCUCAAUACUUGGGGAAAUGGACGCAUGGAUUAUUUGCCCAUUCUUCCUUCAAGGAGGACGUUAUACUAUUGAUGAUGUGCAUUAUGUUGCAGAUUCUGAUAGACUGGUUCCUGCUGGAGAGACAGAGUUUGCUAAAGAUGCAUCCUUUGGAUAUAAAUCCUCAAAUCUCCGCGAGUGGGUUGAGGAGAAAACAUCUGGAGCCAUUCCUGCUAAUAGCGUUGAGUCGAUCUCAAUCCAGCUUAUAAGAAAAGGUGGCCCUGAUGCAGUGUGUGAGUUCUUAUGCAGUUUAAAAAAGGGAUCCGCAUGUAUUGUCAACGCAGCUAGUGAAAGAGACAUGGCUGUAUUUGCAGCGGGGAUGAUCCAGGCAGAACAGAAAGGGAAAUCUUUCUUAUGCCGUACUGCUGCUAGCUUUGUGUCUGCUCGAAUAGGGAUUAUUCCAAAAGAUCUUGUGUUGCCCAAAGAUUUUGCAUCUGACAAAGAAAGUAGCGGUGCGCUAAUAGUUGUAGGCUCAUAUGUCCCGAAAACAACAAGCCAGGUUGAAGAACUUCAGUCACAACAUAAGCAGAAGUUAAGGAGCAUUGAGAUCUCUGUAGAGAAAGUUGCUCUCAAUUCUUCCGAAGUGAGAGAUGCAGAAAUCAGUAGAGCGGUUGAGAUGGCCGAUGCUUUCCUUACGGCUGGCAGGGAGACUCUAAUUAUGAGCAGUCGCGAGCUCAUCACUGGGAAAACAUCUUCGGAGAGUCUUGAUAUUAAUAGCAAAGUGAGCUCCGCUCUGGUUGAAGUAGUGAGCCUGAUAAAUACUAGACCCCGUUAUAUUCUAGCAAAGGGUGGAAUCACGUCAUCAGACACAGCAACAAAAGCACUUAAAGCAAGACGUGCACUUGUGGUUGGUCAAGCCCUUGCUGGUGUUCCAGUAUGGAAGUUAGGCCCAGAAAGUAGACAUCCCGGUGUCCCCUACAUUGUUUUCCCGGGUAAUGUUGGCAGCAGCACAGCUCUUGCAGAAGUUGUGAAGUCCUGGUCAGUUGUAGCUGGACGAACUACGAAAGAGCUGCUUCUUAACGCAGAAAAGGGUGGAUAUGCAGUUGGAGCAUUUAAUGUUUAUAACCUAGAAGGAAUAGAAGCUGUUGUAGCAGCUGCAGAGGAAGAAAACAGUCCUGCCAUAUUGCAGGUCCAUCCAGGUGCCUUCAAGCAAGGAGGCAUUCCAUUGGUUUCAUGUUGCAUCUCCGCAGCUGAACAAGCCAGGGUUCCGAUAUCCGUACAUUUUGACCAUGGAACAACAAAGCAGGAGCUAUUAGAGGCUCUUGAACUCGGAUUUGACUCAGUGAUGGUAGAUGGUUCUCAUCUUUCCUUCACAGAGAAUGUGUCCUACACUAAAUCUAUAACAGAGUUGGCCCGUUCCAAAAACAUCAUGGUGGAAGCUGAACUAGGUAGACUCUCAGGAACAGAGGAUGGCUUGACUGUUGAAGAUUACGAUGCAAAGCUCACCAACGUUCACCAGGCUCAGGAAUUUAUGGAGACUGGUAUAGAUGCGCUCGCUGUGUGUAUAGGAAAUGUCCAUGGAAAAUACCCAGAGUCCGGCCCAAACCUCAAGCUCGACUUACUAAAGGAACUGCGCGAUUUAAGCUCGAAGAAAGGCGUCUUUCUUGUUCUUCACGGAGCUUCUGGUUUGCCUGAGAGUCUUAUCAAGGAAUGCAUUGAGAACGGGGUGAGGAAGUUUAACGUGAACACAGAAGUAAGAAAGGCUUACAUGGAUGCUCUUACCUCCGGAAAGAAGACAGACCUUGUCGACGUCAUGUCGGCCACAAAAUCAGCCAUGAAAGCUGUGAUCGCCGACAAGAUCCGUCUCUUUGGUUCCGCUGGAAAAGCUUGAGUUGUCAAUGAACAAUGUCCGAUCAGUAUGUUUACACAGUUGUACAUCGCAUAAUUCACAUCCAAAGAAAGAAUAACCAACAAUCCAUUGUAUAUACAAUGAACAUUUGUUGGAAAUAAAGAAUUCAUUUUUAGUAUUGCUUAACUAUUUUAUUUUUCUUCCCUAAUUUAUAGGAAACUCAAACUAUAAUAUAUUUUAUGGGAACUUAUUUUUUUUUUUUGUAAGCGGAUAAAAUUACUAAUUAUUCAUGGCUAUCAUUUCGACGGGAUAUUCAAGGGAUUAUCUCUAUACAUACAAAUACAAUCCUCGCAAUCUUCGCCGUUCUCUAUCUUCUCGUUCUCCGAUCUUAAAUCCCUAACUCUCACACACAUUCUCUUCAUUGGGGAUCCAAAUUCUUCUUUCUUUUAUUAAUAACUCUAAGUAGUAUUUAUCUUUAUGAUUUGUCGCUUCGUUUCUAUCCAUUGAUGUCUACUUCUCCUACGUAAAAUGGAGUUUGCUUCAUUUUUGAAGCUUCUGAGUAGAACCGAGGGUUUUGGAUGUGGGUUCAUCGUUUUUGGCAGUUCCUCUCAGAUUAUCAAUCUCGUCUUCCUCUUUUGCUUGCUUGUGUUGGGACUCAAGUUUCUUCUUCCCAAGGGUCCUUCAGAGAAGAUACAUCCAAUUGCUCCUAAGGUUGAGAGUUGCGAUUCCUCCGAUCGAGAACAUACGGAUUGCAAACAUGGGUUCGUUUCAAAAUCUUACUUGGUUGAUGCGUUGGAUCAGAAGAAACCAAUCAUCUUACGCUGGACUUCUGAUUCUGCUGAUGGGUUGAGCUUGAGUAAGAAGACGAACAGGAGCUGUGAGAACUGCGAUCGCCUUCUUCUACCUGAUGGGACUGAUGAUCUCAGCAGCAACAGAGACGCUGCUGCGGCGUUCUCGGAGACAGAGCUCGAAGAGGAAACCGAGGAGGAAGAACCACGGUCCCGGAGCGAUGAAGACCAGGUGUUCGACGUUAUUACGCUGAGGAAAAUGGUGAAGAGAGAGAGGAAACGUGGAGAUUGUUUGAAGAUGGAGCUGGAGAAGGAGAGAAGAGCGGCUGAAUCAGCUGCUGAGGAAUCCAUGGCUGUGCUUCUGAAGCUACGGAUGGAGAAGAGCGUGGUGGAGAUGGACGCGGAACAUUACAAGAGAGUCGCAGAGCAGAAGCAAGUCUAUGAUCAAGAAGUGAUUCAGUCGUUACAGUGGAUGUUGAUGAAGCUCGAUGACCAAGACAAGAUUCAACACUACUCUUGAUCCGGAUCCUCUGUAGUGUGUACUCUGUAGUCUGUAUCUACGCAAAUAAAUAAAAUAAACGAUGUUCGUUUUUCGAUUAAGCCGAACCAUAAAUCAACGGUUCGAAAUUGAACCAUAAUAAAUUAACGGUUUAAUGUUUAUAGAGAAGACUACUUACGUGGCGGG